CCACCGUCCGGCGGAUACAGGGACUCCCGAGCGAACGUCAGAAACGCGUGCCUCUUUCUGAAUCCUCCUCGCGUUUUGUUGUUGAGGAACACACGUGUUGAAGAUAUUGGAGUUUCGCGGCUGUUCUUUUCAGACUGUUCCGCGCACCUGCCACCCACGAGUGCGACGCUCGUCCGUGGGACUCGAUUGACCGUUACGGUGUGAUCGUCUUGUUGAAAAAUCUCCCGCAAGUGAGAAAGUAACCUCGACCGAUCGAACUGGCGAGACUCUGACCCCUUUUACACCGUUAAAUUGGUUGAUAAUACCAGAUGGCUUCGGACGCAAAAAGGACAAUCUUAGGUGGGAUAAAGCCUAAAACUAAGCUGCCGGUAAUAUUAGGCACGAAGCCUUCUUUGAGGAACUCACAGUUGCUUGUUUCAACGGGGAUACCUUCAUUAGACAGCACGAUAGGCGGAGGUUUACCUAUUGGCACGAUAUUUUUAAUUGAGGAAGACAAGUAUGGCUUCUACGCUAAAAUCAUGUUGAAAUAUUUCAUGGCUGAGGGAGUGGUCAUAUCUCAGCCUCUGCUCAUUGCGUCUCAAGAUGCCCAAUCUUCCCAACUUGUGUCGGGAUUACCUGCGGUUGUAGACGACUCAGAAGAACGUACGAAAGCUACAGAUAAUGCGAAUGAGCCAAUGAAAAUAGCUUGGCGAUAUCAGAACAUGAAACUGGUAGAUCCAACCCCCGCGGGAGGUCGAAUAUUUGGUCAUUAUUACGACCUCUCAAAACUGAUGCCGCGGGAUCUCUUAGAACGUUCUGACAUAAAACAGUGGCAAAAUAAUGAGGAAACGACAAUGGACAAGAACGGUAAAUUUCAGAACGCUGCGUAUACUGAUCUAUUGUGCACCGUAGAAAGAACUUUACGCGAUGGGCAACAUUUUCUCUCUGACGCGCAGGAUGGGAAAACCAAGAUCUUAAGAAUCGCGAUUCAUUCUUUGGGAUCUAGAUUGUGGCUUAGCAACACGGAGGAGGAUUCGAAUCGUGAUCUGUUAAAAUUCUUAUAUUGCUUCAGAGCACUUUUAAGGCAGUCCUAUGCGGUCGGCGUAAUAACUAUACCAGUUAAUAAUUUCGAUAAUACUGAUAACGUUAUCGAAAGACUCGAGCAUUUGUCGGAUAUAGCAGUCGGAGUAGAAUCGUUUGCAGGAUCUGUAAAAGAGAUCAAUCCGUUAUUUAAAGAGUAUCACGGUCUUUUGCAUAUUAAGAAAUUGUGUGCACUAAAUGGUUUGUCACACGGCAGUUCGCAAUACAGAGAUCUAGUAUUUAAAUUACGCCGUAAAAAGUUCCUCAUAGAAGUUUUGCACUUGCCGCCAGAAUUUGGUGAUACGUCACAACGAGAGCAGGACGAGACGGCAAUACCUAGCAUCGGAUGCGCGAGUGGAUCUCAUAAAAGUGUACUCGAUUUCUAGGUUCAUGAAUGUUAUUACGAAAUUACAUGUGAUAUUUUUGACGUGUAUUUUUUCCUGGAAAAAUUAAAUUUCUAUUUUGUUAAAA